AUGCGAGAACUGCAUCGAUGCGCAGCUAUGACAAAUACCUUAAUGGCAACUUUUAGUGCGAUGUUGCUUCUUGCGUGGAACUUGAUUGCUUGUUUCAUGUUUGGAGCUGGUCAACCCGAUCUAGCGCUAUGCCACAGACUGAUUACAGCUCUUAUGAGCAAAUACCCCAAGGGUGCAAUAGUUCUGUUUCUUCGUGCUCGGCUUUUACUGGUUUCUGGCGAUAUCGACUCUGCUAUCUAUUACUUCAAUAUGUCCAUACAGUCCCAACAAGAAUACAAGCAAUUCCAUCACGUCGCCUACUGGGAGUUGCUGUUUGCACAUUGCUACUUGGGCCAAUGGGCAAAAUCGGCAAACUACGCCAAACUUCUCGUGAAUGAAUCUAGAUGGUCCAGAUGUGUCUACACAUAUCUGCUGUGCAUUCUUUUCGCAGCCGACACUAGCUGUGAAUCUUCUAAAAGGGAUGAGACCGUAGCGGCACUUGCAAAGAAGGUGGAUGGGCUCCGACAGAGGAUAGCCGGCAAAUCCAUUCCGGUGGAAAAAUACUGUGCUAAGAAAGCAAACCGCUAUGUAGCAAAAAAGUCACUGAUGUUCGCACAUUAUGAAUUCAUGUACUUCUGGGGUGGAUUUGAAAUUGUUGCGAAUAAUUUACAUGUGAUGCAAGGAAUCCUAGAAGAUCUCGAUGGCAUCUGGUCAAUGAGGAAGUCGGGUGCGGACCCAGACGAUCGCGCAUUGUACUUUUUCCUCAAAGCUGUAUGCUUACGAAAUCUUCGACAACCUGCUGCAGCUGAACUUGCGCUACAGGAAGUGUUGAAACUAGAAGAUGAUCUCGUUGAUUUUGCAUACCUGCCACCCAACGCUCUUUACGAGCUCGCUCUUAUUCGAGUUGCUGACGGGAUGCGCGAAGAGGCGGAAGUGCUUCUAGCAAAGGCGCGAAGCUUCAAAGGAUUCCCACUGGAGAAUAAACUGCACUUCCGUAUUCAUAGUGCCAUGGAGAAUCUUGGAGCACGAACACCUAUGGUGUGA